CAGACGAAGCCUUCCAUUUGCGCGACUUCUGCCAUCCUGUAAAGAAGCAGGAUCGCGCGCGCGAAACGUCGCGCGGGUGACGGGCCUGCUCCCUUUUUGGGGCCAUGUUGAGGCUCCAGCUGGCGAGCACGCGCUUUCUCAGGCCGAGGCUUUGGAGCCGAGACCUCCGCGAGGCACGAGCCUUUGCUGGCCGUUCCUCGCGCGGCCCCCGUGAGGAGAAGGUCACGAAGGAGCCUGCAGUGGAGACACCUCAGCCCGCUGCCAGCGCAACUGGCGCCAGCGCAACUGGCGCCAGCGCACCAGAGGUGCCCCGCCCGGUGCCGCAGGGCCUGCUGGUGCUGCCUCUCCUCAGGAAGCCCGCCUUCCCCGGUUUCCGGCAGACGCUCCAGGUCAGCGAGCCGGAGAUCAUCAACUUCUUGCAGAAGGAGAAGAAACAGGGCGAUUACAUCGGCGGCUUCUUGAUCAAGGAGCCCUUUGCGGAUGGCGAUGCUUCCGGCCUGCGGCGGGAAGCCGGCAGAGUGAGCAGUGCCUCGCAGCUCGAAGAGGUGGGUACGGUGCUCCAGGUCUUGGUGGUCCAGAGCUUCGGCAGCAACCAGGCCGCCUCCGGGGGGCAAAUCACCGUGAUGCCCAUGCACCGGGUGCGGCGGACGGGGACGCUGUCCCAGCCAUCGCCCUACGUCCCGGUGCCCGCAGUGGUGGUCGCCGACCUGGAGCCCAUCCAGGGCUUCGAGGAUGCCGAAGAAGCGACAACGGCCCUGGCGCCGCUGGUGACCCUGCUGCAGAGCCUGAACAACGCUUCGCCUCUGCUGAAGCAGAAGUACGAGAAGGUGGGUCAAUACUUCAGAAACUGCAUGCAGGACCCGGUCAAAGUCACGGACCUCGCCGCGGGUCUUUCCACCGCCGAGCGCGGGGAGCUGCAGGCGGUCCUCCAGGAGCAGGACAUUCGGGAGAAGAUUAAGAAGGUCACCCAUCUCCUGGAGCGCGAUCUGAACACCGCGAAGCUGCAGUCGGAGGUGAAGAGCGACUUGGAGGAGCGGGUGGCGAAGGAGCAGAAGCGCGAAGUGCUCAUGGAACAGAUGCGGCAGAUCCAAAAGGAGCUGGGCAUCGAGAAGGAUGAGAAGCAGACCUUGACGACGCAGUUCCGCGACUCGCUGAAAGACAAGGUGGUGCCUGAGGAAGUGCAGAAGGUCAUCGAGACGGAAAUCUCCAAGCUCAACUCUUUGGAGCCUUCCUCCACGGAGUUCAACGUCUGCCGGACCUACCUGGAAUGGCUCACCUGCCUGCCUUGGGGCAAGUUCACGGGGGAGAACCGGGACAUCAACAAGGCGGAGUCGAUGCUGGAGGAGGACCACUACGGCCUUGAAGAUGUGAAGGAGAGGAUCCUGGAGCACAUUGCCGUGAGCUUCCUCAAGGAUUCCUCGCAGGGCAAGAUCAUGUGCCUGGUGGGCCCCCCGGGGGUGGGGAAGACCUCGGUGGGCAAAAGCGUGGCGCGGGCGCUGGGCCGCAAGUUCUACCGCUUCUCCGUGGGCGGCAUGAACGAUGUGGUGGAGAUCAAGGGGCACCGCCGGACUUAUGUGGGCGCCAUGCCGGGCAAGCUGAUCCAGUGCUUGAAGUCCACGGGCUGUGGCAACCCCGUGGUCCUCAUCGACGAGAUCGACAAGCUGGGCCGCGACAUGCGUGGCGAUCCCUCCUCCGCGCUGUUGGAAGUCUUAGAUCCGGAGCAGAACAGCAGCUUCCGGGACCACUACCUGGAUGUACCCAUAGACCUCUCCAACAUCCUGUUCCUGUGCACCGCCAACGUGCUGGACACCAUUCCUGGACCUCUGCUGGACCGCAUGGAGGUGAUCCGCAUCGCCGGCUACGUCUUCGAGGAGAAGCUGGCCAUCGCCAGCAAGUACCUGAUCCCGCAGACAGAGGAGGGCAGCGGCAUCGGGGCGGAUCGCUUGGACCUGGGCGACGAGGUGCUGCAGAAAAUCAUCAAGGACUACGCGCGGGAGGCCGGGGUCCGAAAUCUUCGGCAGCUCCUGGAGAAGGUGAGCCGGAAGGUCGCCUUGGACCUGGUGCGCAAGAAAUGCGCGGAGGAGGGCCCGGCGAAGAUCAACUUGGAGAAUCUCACCACGUACAUCGGGCAGCCGCUGCACACCUCCGACAAGCUCUACAAUACCGGCACCCCUCCGGGAGUCGUCAUGGGUCUUGCGUGGACCGCUAGCGGGGGGGCCACCCUCUACGUGGAAGCGCGAGGCCGCAUGCCCUGCGGGAGGGUGCAGGGUGGCCUGGCGGCUCUCACCCCGGUGGAAGUGGAGCCCCAGGUUGAGAAGCCAAAGCAGAAUGGCAGCAUGCAGGUCACGGGACAGCUGGGCAGCGUGAUGAGCGAGUCCAGCUCCAUCUCGCUGACCUACGCCCGGCUCUUUAUGCGGGAGCUAGAUCCCGAGAACUCUUUUCUGGAUGCGGCCAACAUCCACCUGCACGUUCCAGAGGGCGCCACACCAAAGGACGGGCCUUCGGCGGGGGUGACGAUGACCUCGGCGCUGCUGAGCAGCGCCUUGGAGCAGCCGCUGCGGGAGGACCUGGCAAUGACCGGGGAGUUGACCCUUAUGGGCAAGGUGCUGAAAGUGGGCGGCAUCAAGGAGAAGGUCAUUGCGGCGCGGCGAGAGGGCGUCAAGACCUUGAUCCUGCCAAGGCAGAACGAGGCGGACUUCCUGGAACUGAAGGAGUACCUUCGCGCGGGCCUCACGGCGCACUUUGUGGACCACUAUGAUGACGUGUACCGCUUGGCCUUCGACGCGCAGCAGGUGCCGGCGCUGGCGAGCCCUUCCAGAGGCUUGCCGGUCGUCACCGUGGAGCCACCUCCGGAUCCACAGCCGGCUCCGGAAGAAGGCGACGCAGGCUCCAACGCCCUCCCCUGGACUGGAGGAGCUCCGACCCUGAUCGUAUCCAAGAACCGUGCAAAGUUCGGCCAUGCCGCGUAUCAUGCACUGACGCUUGACUCAGCCACAUUUUGCCCUCACUACAACUUUCCGAUGAUUUUGGUACUCUGCUAG